UGCCCUUCUUGUCACAUCCGAUCCCCUCCGCUCAUCAGCCAGGUGGAGGUUGAAUACGGCGGCUGGCCAGUGAGUAGUGACGCAGUGAGCAUACUCGCAGGCGGCAGAUUCCUCCGCCCUCCCGCCGGCCCCCGUCCUCACGCCGCCGCCGGUUCCUCCCGCACACAUCAAGGAUUGAAGGUCUACCGAGCAGGAGAAACAUCAGGUCCAACAGAUCCUGCGCUGCCGCCUCCUGAGGAUAUCGAAAUCUUCCUUCCUUUUGAGAAAUGGGAUAUUCUUCAGAGGAAGACUCAGAAAUUAGUGAUUCUGAGAUUGAUGAGUAUGAAGGCAAAACUUAUGAACGCCUGGUUUCAGGAUAUUUUAAGUUUAGGAAUGGUGAAAAAUACAGUUGCCCAUUCUGUACUGGCAAGAAGAAGAAAGAUUACAAUCUAAAUAAUAUUCUUCAGCAUGCCUCUGGAGUAGGGGCAGCACCUAAUCGUGCGGCAAAAGAUAAGGCAACACACCGUGCUCUUGCCAAGCAUUUGAGGAAUGGCUCUGCAAACCCUCCAAAGUCACAGCCACAACCACAACCACAACCACAACCACAACCACAGCCACAGGUAAUUGCUGCUGUAGAGCCACAACCUCUUCCAAAUAGAUUUGAGAAGUUUGUGUGGCCCUGGAUGGGUGUUCUAGUUAAUGUGCCUACUGAAUGGAAGGAUGGGCGUCAAGUAGGAGAAAGUGGAAAUCGUUUGAAGGGGCAACUAUCACGCUUUUGCGCUCAGAAGGUUAUUCCUCUAUGGAAUUUUAGAGGUCAUACAGGGAAUGCUAUUGUUGAGUUCACAAAAGACUGGAAUGGUUUCAGAAAUGCACUUGCAUUUGAAAAUUACUUUGAGGCAGAAGGCUCUGGUAGAAGACACUGGAAGCAAAAACAGAAUCAAGGGUCAAAGCUUUUUGGAUGGGUUGCAAGGACUGAAGAUUACAAUUUUCCAGGAUUAAUUGGGGACCACUUAAGAAAAAAUGGUGACUUGAAAACUAUCGACGAUCUUGAGAAUGAAAGAGCACGUAAAAAUGACAGACUUGAAGCGAAUUUAGCUGAUGAAAUUGAGGUAAAGAAUAAGCACUUACAGGAGCUUGAAUGUAGAUACAAUGAAUCGACUGCAUCAUUGGAGAAGAUGAUGGGGCAAAGGGAACAACUUCUUCAAAAAUAUAAUGAAGAGGUUCGGAAGAUGCAGCAGCUAGCUCACAGACAUUCUCAAAGGAUCAUUGAUGAGAACCAAAAUUUGCGUUCCGAACUGGAGUCCAAGAUAAGCGAACUUAAUGAGAGAUCCAAGCAGCUUGAUGACCUUUCUGAAAAAAGUGGUUACGACAGAAGGAACCUUGAUCAGGAGAAACAGAAGAAUGCUAUUAAAUCAAGCCACCUUCAGUUGGCAACAGUGGAGCAACAGAGAGUUGAUGAGGAUGUGAUGAAACUUGUGAGAGUACACAAGAGAGAAAAACAAGCAGCUUUAAGCAAGAUUCUGAUGUUAGAACAACAGUUGGAGGCAAAACAGACACUUGAAUUAGAAAUACAGCAGCUAAAGGGAAAAUUGGAAGUGAUGAAGUAUAUGCCAGGUCAUGAAGACUUGGAUUCAAAGAACAAAAUCAAUGAACUGAGUGAUGCGCUGCAAGAAAAAAUUGAUGAACUGGAUUCAAUGGAGUCACUUAACCAAACUCUUGUCAUUAAAGAAAGCAAAAGCAAUAUUGAAAUGCAAGAAGCUCGGAAAGAGCUGGAAAAUGGCUUGCUUGAUCUUUCAGUUGGCCGAGCGCAUAUAGGAUUCAAGAGGAUGGGUGAGCUUGAUCUGGAAGCGAUUUCAAAUGCCUGCAGGAAGUUGUCGAAAGAGGACGCUGAAGUUACCGCUGCCAUUAUCUGUUCCAAGUGGGAAGCUGAAAUAAAAAAUCCAGACUGGCACCCAUUUAGGGUUGUCAUGGUUGAUGGGAAGGAGACGGAAAUAAUUGAUGCUGAUGACGCGAAGCUUCAAGGAUUAAAAGAAGAGCACGGUGAAGAAAUAUAUGCAUUGGUUACAAAGGCGCUGCGUGAAAUUAAUGAGAAUAACGGUAGCACCAGGGCAGAGCUGUGGAACUUCAGAGAAGAACGGAAGGCGUCUCUGAAGGAAGCUGUUCAGUUCGUCAUGAGACAGUGGCGAAUGAACAGGAGGAAGCGUCAAGCCUAAUUAUUCGCCGCCCAGUUAGUUCUUGUUGCUCUGUGGUACUCUUCUAGCAGUAGCAGUGUCGUCAUUAGUGUUUAGACAGCACUAUUCAUAUCUGUAAUAAGUCGAAUAAUCCAUUUGCAGUAUCAUUAGUGAACACGAUCAUCUGUGUAGCAAGUUGAAUAAUUAUGCUCGAGUAUCAGCAUCAGCGAACAGUCUGUGACCUAUAUCCAUCAGAAUAAGUUGCUU